CCCCCCUGGCCUCACCUGUAAUUGCGGGGAGGAGCUGGCCCCUUGCCCUGCCUGGCAUGGUGGUGACAAGUACGCCGCACCAGGCUGCAGGUCAGCCCUUCAAAUUCACUAUCCCGGAAUCCCUGGAUCGGAUCAAAGAGGAGUUUCAGUUCCUCCAAGCACAGUAUCACAGCCUUAAAUUGGAAUGUGAGAAACUGGCAAGUGAAAAAACAGAAAUGCAAAGGCACUAUGUGAUGUAUUAUGAAAUGUCAUAUGGACUAAACAUUGAAAUGCACAAACAGACAGAAAUUGCCAAGAGAUUGAAUACGAUUUGUGCACAAGUCAUCCCAUUUUUGUCUCAGGAACAUCAGCAACAAGUUGCCCAAGCGGUAGAACGUGCCAAACAAGUGACCAUGGCUGAACUGAAUGCCAUCAUCGGGGUACGUGGCCUUCCAGGUCUACCUCCUACACAGCAGCAGUUGCAGGCUCAGCAUCUUUCCCAUGGCCAUGGACCUCCAGUGCCUCUAACACCACACCCAUCAGGACUUCAGCCUCCUGGAAUUCCUCCUCUUGGAAGCAGUGCUGGUCUUCUUGCCCUUUCUAGUGCUUUGGGUGGGCAGUCUCACUUGGCAAUAAAAGAUGACAAGAAGCAUCACGAUGCAGAACACCACAGAGACAGAGAGCCGGGCACAAGUAAUUCUCUGUUGGUCCCGGAGAGCCUGCGAAGCACAGAUAAACGCAGGAAUGGGCCUGAAUAUUCCAAUGACAUCAAAAAAAGAAAGGUGGAUGAUAAGGAUUCCAGCCACUAUGACAGCGAUGCAGACAAGAGUGAUGAUAACCUGGUUGUGGAUGUAUCCAAUGAGGAUCCUUCAUCACCACGGGCAAGUCCAUCUCACUCACCCCGUGAGAAUGGCAUAGAUAAAAACCGCCUGCUGAAAAAAGAUGCCUCUAGCAGUCCAGCAUCUACAGCCUCCUCAGGAAGUUCUACUUCCUUGAAAUCCAAAGAAAUGAAUUUGCAUGAAAAAGCCAGCACGCCUGUUCUGAAAUCCAGCACACCAACUCCUCGAAGUGAUGUGCCAACCCCGGGCACUAGUGCUACUCCAGGACUUCGUCCAGGCCUUGGAAAACCUCCAACAAUGGACCCUCUGGUUAACCAAGCUGCUGCUGGUUUGAGGACUCCCUUGGCAGUACCAGGACCAUACCCUGCUCCAUUUGGAAUGGUACCUCAUGCUGGCAUGAAUGGAGAGUUAACCAGUCCAGGGGCAGCUUAUGCCAGCCUGCACAAUAUGUCCCCCCAGAUGAGUGCUGCUGCAGCUGCAGCCGCCGUGGUUGCCUAUGGACGAUCUCCUAUGGUUGGGUUUGAUCCUCCUCCUCACAUGAGAGUACCAGGAAUCCCUCCAAAUCUAGCAGGAAUCCCUGGGGGGAAACCAGCAUACUCCUUUCAUGUUACUGCAGAUGGUCAGAUGCAGCCUGUACCUUUCCCUCCUGAUGCCCUCAUUGGUCCGGGAAUCCCUCGGCAUGCACGUCAGAUCAACACUUUGAAUCAUGGGGAAGUAGUAUGUGCAGUAACCAUCAGCAACCCCACAAGGCAUGUGUACACUGGUGGAAAAGGGUGUGUUAAAGUCUGGGAUAUCAGCCAACCUGGCAACAAGAGCCCUGUCUCUCAGCUGGACUGCCUGAACAGAGAUAACUACAUCCGCUCCUGUAAACUGCUGCCUGAUGGAUGUACCCUCAUAGUUGGUGGGGAAGCCAGCACAUUAUCCAUAUGGGACCUGGCAGCUCCAACUCCUCGUAUAAAAGCAGAGCUGACAUCCUCUGCUCCAGCCUGCUACGCUCUGGCCAUCAGUCCCGAUUCCAAGGUCUGCUUCUCCUGCUGUAGCGAUGGGAACAUUGCAGUGUGGGACCUGCACAACCAGACCUUGGUCAGGCAAUUCCAGGGCCACACAGAUGGAGCCAGCUGUAUUGACAUUUCUAAUGAUGGCACCAAGCUAUGGACAGGAGGUUUGGAUAACACCGUCAGAUCUUGGGACUUGAGAGAAGGGAGGCAGCUACAACAGCAUGACUUCACAUCACAGAUCUUUUCCCUUGGAUAUUGUCCUACUGGUGAAUGGCUGGCUGUGGGAAUGGAGAGCAGUAAUGUAGAAGUACUGCAUGUGAAUAAACCAGACAAGUAUCAACUGCAUCUUCAUGAGAGCUGUGUAUUGUCACUCAAGUUUGCGUAUUGUGGAAAGUGGUUUGUGAGUACUGGAAAAGAUAACCUUCUUAAUGCCUGGCGGACCCCUUAUGGAGCCAGCAUAUUCCAGUCCAAAGAAUCCUCAUCAGUGCUUAGUUGUGACAUCUCUGUGGAUGAUAAAUACAUAGUCACUGGCUCUGGAGACAAGAAAGCUACAGUCUAUGAAGUUAUCUACUGAAAAGCAUGAUGGGGACAUAACUUUUAGAAGUUGAACUGGGCCAAAAUGUUCUUAAUUUGUAGAAGUAGAAAGGUUUUACCUUUUUAAAAAAGGAAAAAGACAGUGUCAGAACAUGACAUGAAAUGACUCCAAGUGUACAAAAUAGAAGGCAGCAUCCAGCAACUAGAUAUCAGCUACUGGGACCAAAAGAAGCGUGGAUUCAGGAUGGGUGGAUGUAGCCUAGGUUUUUGGAUUUAAAAACUGAGUUGACUGGAGAAUGUCAGAGCCUUUUCUUUCUUUUCUUUCCUUGUGACCUCAUGCAAAUCGUUCUCAUUGCCUGAAUGUGGGAUUACCUUUCUGUUCUUUGCAGUUCAACUUGCAUUCUGUCCCGUGUAGAGCAGUGAAGUCUCAGAAGAACUUGUUUCCUGGUUUUGCAUCUUGUGAUAUGUUUUUGUAUUUUUGUUGAAGGUCAAACAUUUGUAUAAAUUGUAAAUAUAUUUAGUUUAUUACAGUAAAGGCUUUAGUACCAACAA